GUCAAAUUACAACCUCACACUUCAUAAAUUUCUGUUAUGCUUGGUAGAGUAUGCUGUACUGGAAUAAGCACUUCCCUUGUUCACAUGGAAAGAACAUCGCAUCUGUCGGUCUGCUCAGCCCUGUUAGGAUAGAUGAGCAUUGCUCCCUUUACUCAGUACUGAACAACUGGUAAACUUUCAAAACAAAUGUAAACUUUGCCUGGUGGGUUUCUUUUCCUACAAAAUGCAUCUUUAACAGUAGUUUUAAGCAGAAGAUUGGUAAUAUUCCCCUUUGUUUUGUUUUUUUUUUUUUAAAUCAAGUUCCAGCAUUACAAAAGGGAAAUACUGGAUUCACUUAGGCAUGCAGCUUAAAUGUCUGCAAUAUGAGACUGCUAGCUUUCUGUACACCAGCUGAAGGCUUUUACCACUAUUCCUAUCCUUAUGUUUUGAUUGUCCCUCCCACCAGUUGAUGGAAAAAGGCCCCCCACGUCACUGUUAAAUGAGCCUCAGGUGGAAGGGGGAGUGGACAAGUAGCAGCUGCUUGCCAUAAAGAGGAUGAGCUGAGGACUCGUGUUUAAAAAAAAGAUGAAUACUGCCUCAACUUCAGAAAGUGGAUCAUAUUCCACAAACCACACAAGACCCUUUUUUUAUGCACAGCCAACAGCACAACAGCCUUUUCCAAAUCCAUGGUACCUCAGUCAUGCAUACAGUCCGUACUGUGUACCUGCUCCAGGCUUCCGAAGUGGAAAUCCAUAUUUUCCAUUUUAUUCUCUUGCGUUCCAUGAGUACCCUGGAUUUUUUGUUCCACAGCAUCCAAUGCAUGCAAGAAUUAACAGAAGGCCUUAUUUUAAUGCUCCCUCACCUUCCCCUAUGUUUUAUCAUGCAACAAGAUUUAGACACUAUAGUAACCCUGGGAAAAAAAUGGAGACAAAAGAAACACAGACUGAUCCUAGACAGCCUGAAAACAAGCAAAAAAACCACCAAGAUAUCCAUACAGAAACGAAAGGUUGUGAUGCAGGAAAUACAGCCUGUGUUUCUUCUGGUAUAGGUACAGAGACUGAAAAUACUUCAGAGAAACAAGAUUCAUCUGGAUCUUCCAUUGUGGUAGACAGAGAGUUUCAUAACAGGAGCCAUUCCAGCUCUGCACAGUAUAGAAGUCUUCCUACUGGAAGCUAUGCCUUUGAGAAGGAAGAAGUGAGGAUAGAAUAUGGUAAUGGCUCUCCAGCUAUUCAACUGUGGAAGUCCUUUAAAGAAACUAUCCCUUUGUAUGAUGUGGCAAGUGGUAAACCAGUCCCAGAGAAUAUAGUGCAGCGUGACUUAUUUUCUGUUAGCUCAUGUGAAGGAAUGAUAUAUAGCCCUCAAGAAGGGGAGAAAACAGUGCCAGGAGCUUCCUUAGAUGAAAGAAAAGCUGUUCUCUCCUCAAAACAGGGUGUUGAAACUGUGCCAGAAAAAGAGGUCCAAAAUAAUGAAGUGAAGCUGGAUGCAGAAAAGCAGAUGAAUACAAGUCAAUGGGCAAAAUCCCCCCCAGGUGAAACCAUGGCAGUGCAAAUCACAGAGCUGGCAAGAUCUGUUAGCAUAGAUCAACCAGUGGUAAGACAGGAUGUAGUAGUAGCUAAGAAAUCUAGCUCUAAAACAUCCACAGGCUCAAAAACUUCUCAAGAAGAGCCCAGCUUUAUUCAACAAGCAGGACUACUUCCAUCUAGUAUGGAGGUAAUGAGUGACUUGAAUUUUCAGCAGAAAAACCUGAAUCUAAGCCACAGCACAACCAAUGAAAGCCAAACAGAUAAAAGUAUUUGGUGUGAUGAAUCAAUUGAGAAGUAUGUUCCCUCUAACAGUUGGCUGGCUUAUUUGGACCAUAUGGACACAAACUACAACUACAAUGUUUGUUUGCCACAAAGAAAACGUCAAAGUGUAUUCAGUCUUUCUUCUGAUGACAUGUCCUCCAGAGAGGAAGGCUCAUCAGUUGAUAAUGCCCCAGUGUCUUAUUUUGUCCCUGACUAUGUGCUUCAGAAAAGCACAUACACUUCCCAGAAAAGUACAGAGAAAGAGAAAAUUAAAAGUGGUGGGUCCCUUAAUGAAGAUGCAGUGGUAGGAACGGAGCAGACAAACAGCUUGAAUGACCAAGAUGUCAAAAACUCUUCAACCAUGAAGAUUAAAGAGGCUUACAGUAAAGGUAGAAAGCUGGGAGCCCUUCCUAGAUCUUCUAGUCAGAAAAAAAUCAAUUAUCUCAAAAAAGCAGCUAAGAGUUUGUCCGAAGUUGAGGACUCUGAAGAAUACUCUGUGAGGGGAGAAGAGGAGGAGGAUGAAGAUGGAGGGGAGGAGGAGGAGGAUGACAUGGAUGAAAUUGAAUAUUUCUUUCAAGAAGCCACUCCAUAUGGAUUCUUGACACCUAGUAAAGGACAUUUCUAUCAAGUUGGCCAGAGGGUGCUUUGGAAGCCACCUAAAAAUGCUAUACCGGCUCAAUUAAUUAGCUGGCCCACUCAAGAGAAAAUAAAAACUAGGAGUGGGCUUGGUGAAAACAUUGAUGUAGUUUACAAGCCAAAGGAGAAAGAACAAGAUGAAGUUGUGUACAGUGACUAUGGGUAUUAUGGAAGAAAGAGGCCUACAGCAAGAAGAGAAGGACUUGGACAGCAGCGAAUGCUACGGAAAUUCUUGGAAGGAAGGCUGUUAAGGGAGAACAUGAGGAUACCACUUGAAGAGUAUUGGAUUAGAAGUGGUGCUAAACCCAAACUUAACAGCCAAAUACAUGGUAGUCUCUCAUCCCCAGCCAAGAGCAAAGACCAAGGGUGCCCACCUUUGGUUAAACCAAAGAAGAAAAGAAUAGGCAAGCCACCUUCAAAACGCAGGGACGCAAGAUGUGAGGCAGAAGAAGCAGCAUGGGAGAUGCUCAAAAGCAGUGUACACAAAGGGCAUGGAACAAGAAAGUUCCUCCAUAAGAAGAGAUAACUGCAAAUAUUGGGGCAGGAGGGAAAAAAAAUUGUAUCGGAGGUUUGCAUAAAUCCAAAACUCAAUUAUU